UCAAUAAGCGACACAGUUAAGAAAUCGCCCAAUUCCCUCUCUCUCUCUCCAAUCAACUAAGCAUCCAAAAUUUGAAACCCUAGAAUCAAAGGUAGCAAAAAAACCAGAAGCAGAAAAUCCGGUGGUGAAGAAGUAACGAUGAAGAGAGUGUUCGGAGCGAAGAAAGACAAGGAACCUCCUCCCUCCGUUCAAGAUACAUCCGAUCGGAUCACUAAAAGAGGCGACAAUGUUGAGGAGAAGAUAAAGAAACUUGAUGCUGAGUUAGCUAGAUAUAAGGAGCAGAUCAAGAGGACUCGGCCAGGUCCGGCACAAGAAGCUGUUAAAGCUAGAGCAAUGAGAGUGCUCAAGCAGAGACGAAUGUACGAAGGUCAGCGUGAUAUGCUCUACAAUCAGACGUUUAAUCUUGAUCAAGUCGCAUUUGCUGCAGAGGGAAUAAAGGAUGCUCAACAGACAAUGUCAGCCUUGAAAUCGGCAAACAAGGACCUUAAGGGAAUGAUGAAGACUGUGAACAUCCAAGACGUUGAUAGCCUGCAAGAUGAGAUGAUGGACCUCAUGGAUGUGAGCAGCGAAAUCCAAGAAAGUCUGGGGAGGAGCUAUAAUCUACCUGAUGAUAUUGACGAGGAUGAACUCCUGGGUGAGCUUGAUGCACUGGAAGCAGACAUGGGGUUUGAGACCGAAGGUGGAGUGCCUUCGUAUCUUCAACCUGAUAAGGAAUCUGAUCUCGAGGGAGAGCUGAACUUCCCAUCAGCACCAACUGGACCUGGUAGAGUAAACAUGCAGGCUGAAGAUGAACUAGGGCUGCCAGCAGUUCCCGGACCUUCCCUCCGAAACUAGACAACGAGUCGGUGUGCUAUACAUGUGUUACUGUAACUCUGUAAGCACAGACUACAGAAUCUAUCAUUAUGUUGUUAUAAGACUUUUGGCUACUGCACAAAUAAGCAUUGGACAAUUCGAAACGUAUAUAAAUAUAAAUUGAAAAGUUUGUUGUGUAAA